AUGGCUGUUAAUGAAAUCAUCCAGAAAAUUUAUAAUUUAACAUCGACAUCUUUACAAACUGGUACCCCUAAUGAAAAGAAUGAAAUUCUAAAAAGCAUUGAAACCAAACUGAAAAAAUCGUCAGAAGCAUUAGGUUCUAAAGCUAGCAAAUAUGUGGCACUAAUUAUGAAAGGUUUACAAGUAAUGUCGUCCAACAAUACAACUUCUAGUCCAAAACCAAAUGGCGAAGUUAUUGCUAAUCUAAGAAACGACCAUAAAAGUGAACCGAUAGAACAAGCUACAAACAGUGACCUUGUGAAGAAAAUUGCUUCAAAAAUAUUUAAACUGGCAGAGAAACAUUUCAGACGUGCCAAAACAGAUGAAGAUAAACAAAAAAUCAUAGAAAAUAUCAGGCAAAAAGUUAUGGAAACCGCAAAACAAAAACAUAACUUAAUUCAUACUAAACAUGAUGAAAUUAAAACAUACACCGACCUUAUCACGCGUGGCAUGGAGCUAAUGAUGGAUAAAAUCAAUCAGAAGAAAAGGAGGAUGAUCAUGGAGUUUGUCAAUAGUAAAGUGCCUACUGAUCAAGACAAUGAAAAAAAUAUUGAGCGAGAAUAUAAUCAAUUGGAUGAUCCCUCCAAUAAUAUUGAUUAUGGACCCUUAGAAAAUGAAAAACUCGAUUUAAGCAAGAAUAAUGGUUUUAAACCCACUGCAGUGCCGUACUUGAUUAACCCGGCAUUAACGACUACGUUUUCAUGUGAACAUAUCUUCAGUCAAACUUGUAUAGAAAUUAAAUCACUAAAUGGAUUUACGUGUGCUGAUAAUGGCAUAACGCUUCCUCUAGAUAAAUUAUGUAAUGGAGUCUCUGACUGUUCUGAUGGAUCCGAUGAACGAAAUUGCGUUAAUGAAGCUAUCGACCGUGUACACCGUGCCAGCACAAUCAUGUCGCACAUUGAGAAUUAUCUUUCACGGAAGUGUGUAAUGGACGAGGAUAAUGCAUUACUAAUGAAACAAAACGGAGUUUUAUACGAAGUUCUACAAAGAGAAGUCGGUUUCAUAAAGAAAUAUAAAGACAUGAAUCACCAGGAUAACGUUUCUGGAGAUGUGUUUACUUUCAAAAAAACUUUAAAUGAAGUCGCUAUUGUUAUUAAAACAUUAGCUGUUGCUCUCGAUACGUCUAUAUGUGAACGGUAUUCAAAUAGAAGAAGAGUCGGAAUCAUGGGCAAUAUUUAUAGUCCUGAUACAGCAGGUUUAGAUGAAUCCUCUCAUAAACCUAAAAUUUAUCUGAAGAGCUGCAAAUGUCGCGGCUCUUUUUGUGCCAACGUAACCUGUCCUGAAGUGUGCAAACGCGUCUGCUGGCAUAAGCAUACAUUGGGUAAAUGGAGUUGCCAUGCAGUGGACGAGUCCACUGCCAUACCAUUAGAUAUGGUUUGCGACGGUAAACUUGACUGUUACGAUGAAUCUGAUGAAAGUGGUUGCAACCCCGGUAUCGGUCCAGCCAAAUUUGAAGCUAAUCAGUUAUUCCAAAAGGUUCUAAAAUUAGUGGAAGCGAAGACUAAUGCAAAAGAGUAUUUGGAUGUUAAAAACAAAUUGCUAUCAUUACGAAAUUCCAUAAAAAAAUUGCAGAUGGAGGCGGUUAAACCUAAACUCGAUUUGAUUAAUGUUAAAAAUGCAAGGGACAUUUGUUUUGCUUCGUUAUCUUCCAUUUACGAUCAUAUGGUGGAGAAAGCGUAUGGUAUUGAGGAUUUGGAAGACACACACUUGUUUUUCCUAACUGUGAAUGAAGACUUGAUGUCAGCUUUGAAACUAUUGCACACCGGCAAUGAGAAAAUUAUAACACCUAGUGGGUGUUACUGUAGAAACGGGACCUGUGCCCAGACUAAGUGCACAAAAGCCUGCAUUCGAUCGUGUUCGGUAGAGCAUAAGCUUACCAGAUACAAAUGUAAAGGGAAUGUUAACAAUAACAUAUCCGUAUCUAUUGAUAAACUUUGCAAUGGAAAGGCUGAGUGCCCUCUUGAAGAUGAUGAAGCUGAGUGCAGUUCUGAGGUAUGUAGAAAACACCAUUUAGUGCUGCUGCGACAUAGCAUUCGCGAUGUGGGGGAAGCUCACAAAGGGACCUCUUUAGGAGAAGCACUUCGCACUUGGAAAACUAAGGUACUUUCAACAUUGAAGAUAGCAGAAAACAAUUAUCGACCUACGAGAAUUAUCUUGCGGGACAUCAUUAAUGACGUUCUUCGUGAUCUGGCUCUAACCUACGCCACUGUUGAGGAGACUCGGAGGAACCAAGGAUACUUGUUCAAGGAGUUCUUCAAAGUAUCUCAACUCGUUAUGGGAGCAGUAAAAUCUUGUGGGCAAUAAUAUUAAUUUAUCAUAAUCAUUUCACUACCGGUAUCUGUAUUUCUACAGCUGAAACCUAUUUAGUAGGUUAAAACGAGGAAUCAAAUUCAAGAAAACUAAUAUCGCUUUUCAUCCGGAAUAGCAUAUCAGUAUUCAGUACAUCUAUGUGCAAAUUAUUUUCAUGUCCUUGCUUUCAAAUCUUUAGUCCUUGAUACUUAUGAGGCUACUCUACAUUGUCCAAGAAAUACUUAGUACCAGAAUCAUAAUCACACAUAAGGUAUUUUACAAACCUAUUUAAAUUGUACAUUA